UUUUGUUUUGUUGAAAUUUUGAUCAAUAAACAUUGAAAAUCUAAGCCUUAGCCACAUACCUUACAUCCAAAAUAUAUGACAAACUUGAUAUUUAUUCGAACACUCGCAAAUAGAACCAAAAUCGGCCAUUAUUUCUCCCUAGAUCACUUUUUCACUUCAUAAUUUAACGAGGUCAGUGUCUCGCCUGCAAAACUUCGUCUCGCCUGGCUUUUCAACGAGAACCUAGAAAAAUUCCAUUUGUUAGUCAACAAAACGUCCAUUCAACGUUAAAAUGCCUUUAUGAAAGAAAGGUUUUAUGACCAUCUGGCGUCAUGACAAGUUCAGAAGAUGUCUAGACUGAAGAAAGGGUUAUGGACAGAUAAACCUGUGACUCAGCCAUUUUACUGCUGGGGAUAAAUACACCUUCCUUCAGAAACAAUCUUGCGUCAUGGACAAUCAACUGUUUACAGGAGGGCCAUUCCUUGAUGACAUGCCACAGGUGUGUACGUUAUGUGGACUGGUCUUCAACAACAGUCUCGCCCAUCAACACCACAUGCAGCUCCACAUGUUGGCCAACGCCCAGCUCAUGGGGUCCCAGCCUCCACCUGACCCAGGGAUUGUGAUACCAACAGGAAGUAACAUACUGGAAUUAAUGGUGAGCCAGCACGGCAUGGCAAGCGUGGCGGGGAAUCCACUUUUGUCUCUACCAGGGGUGGCCCCUACCUCACUUCCCCACUAUCUCCAUAAUACAGGUCUGGCUACUGGAGGUAUAGUGAGCCUGCAGCAGCCUGCUCCUCUUAAGCCAAAGCCCGAGAAGAAAUCUCGCUCCAAAGCUGGGAAAGCCUCGGCCGGAAUCUCUUCCACUGCCACUGUUACGUCCGCUACGAGCACACGAGCCAAGAUGUCGUCUAUGUCUCAAAUGUCUCAAGACACGAGUAUGGCUGGCACAUACCUCUCCACAUUUGCAAUGGAUCUGCCGAAAUUGGAGACAACUCCUCCAAAGUAUUCGAUUGCUCCCAUUAUCACACAGCAGUCGCCCUCUGUGGCCUCAGCAGGAUCAUUCAAGGACAGUUUUUCUUCUCCUUCUUCACAUAUAGAUCCUCUCGAGGCUUUGAUAUUUACCUCUCCUGUAAAAACUGUUAGUCACAGUUUGGAUAGGUCGGGUUCAAUUUCUGACCAAGUGCCAUUAGACAUGCUGGGCAGUAAGGAAAAACUUUUCCAGCCAUUUAUGGACAAUAGCAGGGAAAGUCACGGAUUAGUGAAUUCCUUUGGUGGGGACAGUAGUUUCAUGUCACCUGUGAAAUCAAAUGUGAAAACAAGUGAAUCUGAUGCUCUCUCUACUCCACAGAAGAUAUUUCAUGAUAGCAAUGACAGCCUAUUCACAUCUGUGGCACAUAGUUCCUCUAGCGAGCUCAGAUUAUUUGGGGGAUUAAAUCACGAAGGAAUAACUUCUCAUUCAAGCAUGGACAGAAAAAUGGAAAUGUCUUCCCAGAGAUCUCUUCCCCUUCACAAUGAAACUUCCAGCUCCAUGUCAAAUUCUCAGUUUUUCCCCGGCAUCCUGGACCCCCUACACAUUUCCCCCAAAAGUACACAGCUGGGCCGCAAGCCAGAGACCAGCUCAAGCCUGGACACGGCUGGUACGAGUCCCGAGGCGAAGCCGCAAGGUGGACUUGGGACAGACUUUAUCUCUUCUCGUGUAUCCUCUCCAAAGAUUUCACCUGCUCUUCCUACAGGCUUCCUAGAUUCAGACAUUGCAGCUCUUCCUACAAAGGCCUACACAUAUGUAUCGGAAGCUGCUCUACCUAAGCCGUACGGGAGUGCUCAAACCUCCACUGCCCCAGGUCCAGCAAUUGAUAUGGCUGUAAAUCCACUGGGCACAGGAUACUUCAAUGCUCUCACUCAGAAACUGAUUAAUCCUAGCUUUUCUAUCAAUAAUGACUUUAGUAAGCCAGGAUCCUCGGGUGGAGGCUCUGGGGCUCAUGGGCAGAAGGGGAAAAUCUAUUUUGAGAAUGGAGCUUUGAUUAAUAAUGAGUAUGACAAGAUAAGUGACUCUAAUGAUGAUGAUGAUUUAGACAGGAUACUUGACCUGGAUACAAUAGAUGCGAAAACUGACAAGAUUGAUAGCUCAAAGGAUUUUGAAAUUGAAGAGCUGUUGAAUGAGUUUAAUGAAAAGCAAGAGGAUAUGAAAAAUAACUCUGGUCAUCUUGAUGAUUUUCUGAAAGAUGUUAUAGGUGAACCUUCUAAAGCUAAAGCUGAGGCCAAGCCUUCUAAAACAGAAGAAAGUUUUAUGCCCCCAGAAGCCAUAGAGUUUAAUCAAAGUGCUAUUGCUGAACUGCUUGAUGCAGAAAUGGAAAAGAUUGAUAUGGAGACAAAAGAGGUAGAGAAGUCCAGACUUAGUGCUAUAAGUAGCUCAGGACCUUCAUCCUCAACAACUUCAGACUCUGUGGAUGAUACAACUUCUUCCUUUCCAACAUUAACAACGACCGCUACAUCAACUACUCCCACAUCUGUUGUUUCAACAGUAUCAGCUGCUAGUGGAUCUGAUGCUAAACCACCAGAUUCUGAACCUAAGAAAGAUGAAGACCAUGUUGACUUUGACAUUCCAAAAGUUGGGAAGUUAAUGAAGAUCAGAAAAUAUGUUGAGAUUCAAAAACAAAAGGAACAGACUGCUGUAAAACAGGUUGCGGUGAAGGUUCAUGAAAAGAAAGAGCCACCAGUUGAGGAAAAACCUCAGCUUCAGACAAUUAUUGUCCAGGUUUCUAAACGAAAGAAAAUAGAGUAUGGUCCAUACAUUAAUAAACAAUCUCUUUUAGAAGGCAAACCUAAAAACAUGCCCGCUGAAGCAUCUCCUCCAAAGCCUUUUAGACCCAAGCCAAAGCCUCAGACUCCAGUGAGAAGAACUUUUAAUCUUAGAGAACGAAGAAAUAAGCCAGACUUUGCAACGUUAGCUGGGACUCAUCCCAGAAACAGUGAUGGUAAAAAAUCAGAAGAAAAAUCAAAAGAUAAAACAGAAAAGGUGGAUAAAGAUGAAAAAGACAUUGAUAGUAAGGAUAUUGUUGAAGUCAUGGAAAUAGUUAAUGAAACUGUGGAAGGAGAAAUUGACACUGCAAAUGAGCUGUCUGGUAAGAUUCUGACAAGAAAUAAAGAGAAAGAAAAGAUGAAAGAUAAAAGUAGUGAUGAGAAAAAGAAAUUGGUGAAAGUUGAGGACAAAAGUGCUGAUAUUGCUAAAAACAAUGAAAAUGAGACAGUAGUUGAUAAUGGAAAGCCAAAAUUAAGAAGUAGACAUGUAAAAACUGAGACAGAGAAUGUUGAAACUAAGAAUUUGCGAAAAAGAAAUAUCAAAGUGUCGCCUGAUUCAGGUAUUAAGCAUAAAGUGAAGAAGACUGAUCCUGAUGAUGCUCCAGAAAAAGAAACUAGAAGUAAAGGCAAACAGAAAGGAGACAAAACUGAAAUAAAGAAAUGUUCAGUUAAUCUUGGUGAAAAGCUUAACACCUCAGAAGCUAAAAGUAAAGGAAAACUGGAUAAAUCUAGGGUAAUAAAAGGAAGAACAGAGAACACUAUACUAGAGCAAGGAAAAGAAGAGACUCCAAAGGAAGUAAGUGUAGAUAUUGAGACAAACAAAGAUAUUGAUAUUGAAACUGUAGAUGGAAAACCUGAUGAGGAUUAUAAAGAAAUUGCUGAUGAAAGUAACACUACUGCCAAACAAACUGAAUUAGAAGAAGUAGUUGAAGAAGACAAUGAUAAUGCAGAUGAUGUUAAUAUGAAGGAGAAAGUUAGAGAAAAUAUAUUUGAAAAAGUGCAUGUAGAAAAAGCUGCUUACAGGCCAACGGAGAAUACAGGAACAGUUGUUAGUAUAUCUUCUUCUUCAGAUAAAAAAGUAACAAUGAAAUUUAAACUUGGACCAGACUUUCAUAAAUCUAUAAGAGAAUAUAUGAGUAGUGCACCUAAGAAGAGAAAAAUUGAAAUAGUUAAGGAAACUGUAGUUAAGGAAACUAAAAGUAAAGACACUGUAGCUAAGGAAGCUGAAGUUAAGGAAACUGAAAGUAAAGAAACUGUAGUGAAGGAAACUGAAAGUAAAGACAAGUCAGAUGAUGAAGAAAAUAAUCAAGAAAAGUUAAACACCGUCAUUGCAAAGACAGACAAUGAAUCUGAAGACCCCACUAUGUCUGACAGGAAAAAAGAUAGUGUUGAAAAUGAAUUUCAAAGAUUGGUCAAUGAAGCCAUGGAGGAGGUUAAAAAAGCUAAAAAAGAAGGUGAUUCAGGGAAGCAGGAAAGAUAUGUGAAUCUGCGCAAGCGACUUAAUGAAACGGUUAGAUACAAUCUGGAUGACUCUGAAGAUGAAUUAGAUAAACAGCCACUGAGUUUUGUCUCAGAAGCAGGUACUCCAAAGGCUCAGAAAGUCAGGCAAGGGAAAGGAAUUGCUAAAACCCCAAAAAGUGGAAUUAAAACUGCCAAUCAAGGUGUAGUUACACCAGAUACUGCAAAGAAGGAGCUAAAGAAAGACGUUGAUGUGUAUGACUUUACAGACACAGAAAUGAGUGACCAUGAAGAUCCAUCUGGAUUCAAACCAAAAUAUGUCUCAAACAUACAGAAAAGUCCAAUUGGUGCAAAGAAACUGCCAUUUGUCUCAACGCCUUUGUCACAAAAUCAGACUGAUGAACAGCAAGUGUCAGAAGAACUUCCUAAAGAUGAGUGUGAAGAUGUGCAAAAUGUCAAUGAUGAUAAGGGUGAAUCAGCAACAUAUGAUAUUGCAAAAACUGUGGAACCGUUGAAAAUUAAAUUAUCAAAAAUCAAGCCUUUUAAGGAAAAGAGACAUAAACACAAAAAGAAGAAAAAGAAGAAAGACAGAGAUAGAAAGGACUGUGUAAGAGAAGAUUAUAAAAGUGACCUUGGUGAAAACUCUGAAGGAAGUAAUAUUGUUCCUGAAAAUUCUGACAACAGUGACAUAAAGCCAGUCAAACUUGACAAUGUGAAAAGUGUUGAAAGUGUUGGCAUGGAAUCAGUCUCUAAUGAUGGGGACGAUGAAAAUGGCACUAGUGAUAAGCAGAAUAAAAAGCCAUCAAAGCUGAAGGAGAAGAAACAUAUUUGUGAGUUUUGUAACUUAGGAUUUAGUCAGAAAUGUGACUUAAGGAGGCAUGUAAUGAUACACACAGGUGAAAGACCUUGGCCAUGUGAAAUCUGUGAUAAAAAAUUUCAGCGUAAGACAGAUCUUGUGAAACAUGUAAGAACUCACACAGGCGAGAAGCCAUAUGCUUGUGAGUUUUGUGAUAAAAGAGUGUCAGACAAAUCACAACUCAUUGUGCAUAUGAGGCUUCAUACAGGCGACCGCCCAUAUCGAUGUGAAAAUUGUGGAAAACGCUGCAUUACAAGCUCAGAACUGUCACGACACAGGGCAGCGCAUUGUGCGGUCAAGACGUUGUCAUGUUCUGACUGUAAGAAAGUGUUCAAAAAGGAGGAAUGUUUGGGAAUGCAUAUGAAACUGCAUUAUUUAAGUCGGUCAAGGCCAUAUAAGUGUGACAAAUGUGCUCUUGGUUUUGACACUAAAGUAUUGCUGGAUAUUCACAAAUGUAUUGACCCCUCAAAGAACAUUUACAUCUGCAGUGAGUGCUAUGAGGAAUUUAUCGACGAGACUCUGUAUGCUGAACACAUUAAGACCCAUGACCUUGGAGUGAUAGCAUGUAACGUUUGCACCUUAAUAUUCUCGGACAAACACAGCCUUGAGACCCACCUAUGUACGCUCGGAGUGGACAGAGGGAGUAGUGACUCUGACAAGACUCCACCCAACCGGGAGGAUGACAAGCCUGUACAGGUCCUUUGUGAGAUCUGUGACCUUGAGUUCAACGACCAAGACCAGCUGAGCCUGCACCUGCCAUCACACGACAAUGACAAGGGAUCCUUCAUGUGUGAUCUCUGUUCAGAAAUAUUUACUGUACGUAAAAGGCUCAAGCAGCACUCAAGCGUUCAUGAGCGAGGUCAACAGGAGGCAAUAGUGGGAAGUGGUGUCAACAAGGAGCAGUCAACAGUUUUGGAGAACAGUCAGAAAAGGAACCUUAGGGAUAAAAGGCCUAGUGUAAGAGUUGGAUUUGGGGAUAAUUCCAGUGACACAAAUGUUCUUGAAACUUCUACUGGUCAAAAGACUUUAGCUGCGAUGUUAGAAUCUGGUAUGAGUAAAACAGUGAAUACAGGAUUCAUGUCCACUCAGAUAAAGACAGAAACUCUCUCUCCACACAGCCAGCCAUCGUUAGACACGGCUUUUGGUAAUCGGAUUAGAGCUAGUGUGAUAUCGGGAAUGUUUAAUGUAAAUGAUGAAAAUUCCCCAGAGAGAUCGAACCCCACACUUUUAAAACAGGAACAACUAAAAACUGCUGUCUCUUCCAAAAACUCAAACAAUUUCUCUCCAAGUAUUAUCACUAGUGAUCGCUUUUUUGACACCAGUGAAUUUACAAGCUCUCCGGAUUUUUCCUCCCUUACUGAAGAUGACAAUUUAGAACUCGACCCUUUUAGCACUUCUAGCAAAAUGGGUCCAUUCUUUGAGGGUAAAUCUCAAGAAUCAAGAAAUAUACCGAAGACGAAUGAAAGAAAGGAUGCAUUUAGGGUCAAACAAGGAGCUAUGACUGGUACUAGUUUUUCAGCUUUAAAAGCCAAAUCAUCAGUGAAGCCUGUGACUAGUUUAUCAACGAUUUCACUUUCUGAUUACUUAGUAAGUGGACAGGAUUCGACCUCAAUACCUACAAAUGUUUCAUUAAGCACUGGUAAUGUGCCACAUGUAUUCAGAACUGGAUUACAGAGUGAUGUCAGUGGUUCAAAAGCACAGCCAGGCUUAAAGUCUAACACUGCUUGGCAAGGGACAUUUCAGAUGCAGGACUUCUUGGGUUCUUUAUUACCUCGAGACUCAAAAUCGGGGGGCGUGAAACCUCUCAAUGAAAGAGACAGCAGUGGUUCAUCAAGAAACAAUUCAAGCUCAAAUCAAAGUGCAAACUUCUUUCCUUCAAAAUCCAGCUCACAGACAUUAAGAACAGACACAUCCCAAAGUUUAAGCCACUCAGAAUUGCUGUCACAAACUGCUGGCCUUCCUUCAGGCUCCCAGUUAAAAGGCCCUUUGUUGGGAAAAGGGGACCUCUCCCACUUCGCUCAGUCUUACCUUGGGAGACACGGACCCCAAGCUGGAUACAGUACAAGUAUGGCGAAAUCGUCGAAUCAACGUUCCGCAGCGAAGAGCAGCGUGUCACCUAUUGUGAGCGGAUUUGCAGGAACGAUUGACCACUCGGACCACCCCGGGUUCUUGUUCAGUUCACAGGAGGGAUUAAAAGAUAAAGAUGAUCCCAAUGCUUUGCUCUCUAAUUUUGAUAUGUAGUUCUUUUCGGCCAUCUUGGUUAAUUUUUCUUAUCACAAUCAGUUUCACAAUAUCAAGUUUAGAAGAAUUGAAUUUGUAUGAAUAUUAAAGGUCUCUCUUUUAUUGGCAUUGUCUUCAAUUGAAAAUAAAAUGCAUAGUGGAAGAAAGCAUGUAAUUGUUUUCAAGUGGUCAUUAACAAGAAAAAAUAGCAUCAAUUGCCCAAAUAAAUGCCUUACCCGGUACUUAAUGGUUUUAAUUGUAUCAUUAUUGGUCAAACUGACCACUUUAAAAAAAUAAACUAAUAAUGACAACUAUCCUCCUCUCCUCCUUAAAAAGGCUACAUAUUCUUAAUGAAUAAAUUACAACUCGACAGAGACUGGAAUUUAGUGUGGUAUCGAAAAAAGAUGAAGAUCAUAUAUGAUAUAUGUACGUCACAAUUAGUAGUAAUUGUAUUUUAAUAAUUGUACAUAAAUUUAUUCUGAGAACAUUGCUUUGUAGUCACUAUCUCUAUUCUAGUAUUAUUGUUAUCAAGGAAUGUGCCAUUUUGUUUAUUUUAUCUGCAAUUUAACUGCAGUUGCAUUUAUACUUCAUAAACUUAUUUCAUUACUGGCAUCAUCAUUUCAUCGCAUUAGGAAAUGGUAAAACUCAUUACUCUCAUGGGCAAUAUUCAUAUUUUUGGAAAGGUCUUAUUUUUCUUUUGUUCUUCAAUUGAGCAGCAGAUGCAUUUUUGUAACUGGGAUUCAAAAUCAUUUGUGACAUUUUUUUGAAGAUUUUGUACCUGUGUUAUUAGAUAUAUAUGUUUUGGGAGAAGAAAAGUUGAGUUAUUGUGAUAGCUUUGAUGUCAUUGUUGGCUAUUGUAAACCUUGGCAAAAACUCAAAUGUUAAAACAUUUAAUAGGGCUUCCAUUAAAGGAAGUUUGGAAGUAUAUUACUGUACUCCAAAAAAGUAGGCUUAAUCUUCCUAAAUUGAGUCCUUGGAAGUACAGAAACUUCUAGCACUUCAGAUAAGACUUCCAAAAGGAGAAUCUUAGAAGUUCAAAGAAUCAUGACCUGGUGUCCAUUAUACAUUAAAUCCCAUUUUCAAUACACUUUUGUGGAGUAGGCAUAUUUUAGUUGUAAAUAAUUCCAUAUUUUGUCAAAAUUACUGUACGAAAAAUUGAGACUUUCUUAGUCUUGAACUUCCAUGUUUGGCGGAAAAACUUCCAAAACUGAUGACAAGAAAGUUCAUACUUUCACUUUCAACUUCUUUAAUGGAAGUCCUGAUUUAUAUUCAAAUAGAGCUUAGUAAUAAUGUUGCGAGAGACACUACGCACAGGUGUAAGCAAGAGCCAUAACUCUAGCUUCAGUAUUUGUUCAUUUAUGCCCCUCUUUGACUGAAAAACAGAGGAGCGAUGGCAUUCCCUGGUCGCGCACUUGGUUUGUGGUUUGCUCUUCCUUUCUUGUUCGUUUAAUCUGAUUUUAUGUGAUCACUACUCAUUAGUUUGUGCAAUUAUGUCUUCGAUUAUUUAAAGAAUUUGUUUGUAUUACAAGCAUGAUUUUGUUUAAUGCAGAUAUGAUUCAGUAUUUGAUAAUUGUAUAUAGUUAAAUCAUUGAUGUAUUAUUGUAAUGAUAUUUUUAAAUUUUGAAAGCUGUGCUUAAAAUUUGUUCGACAAACUGGUAUAUUAGUGAAAAAAUGGUUCUGAUGACCAGAAUUUCUUUUUCCUAGCAUACACGUGUAGCAUUUGCCAAAGUCUUUAAUGUUAAAACUGCACUCUCACAGAUUGACAGUUUUGACAUUUUCUUUCAGUUUUUGUUUCAAAAUCAUCUAAUUUUGGCAUCAGUAUCAGUCAUAUAGGAUAACCCACAAUAGAACAGAUCCCAAUUGUUCAGAAAACUGCCGAAAUUUUCAUUUUUAGCUCGACUAUUCGAAGAAUAAGGAGAGCUAUACUACUCACCCUGGCGUCGGCGUCGGAGGUGGCGUCACACCUUGGUAAAGGUUUUGCAUGUAAGCACCUUUAAGUCAUUAUCUCAGUAAAUACAUCAGUUAUUGCAUUGAAACUUUAAAUAUGUAUUCCCAACUAUCUUACAUACUAAAUUAAUGAAGUUAGAUAACAAUUAUUUGAAUAUAAUGCAAAUAAUAGGCCUUUAUUAUUUGACUUAGAAAUUCUGGAUAAGGUUUUGCGUGUAAGCACACAUAGGUUAAUGUCUCAGCAACUACUUGAGGUAUUGCAUUGAUACUUGAUACAAUGUUACUCAACCAUCCAACCUACUAAAUUAACCAAGUUAGAUAACUCUAGUUUGCAUUUAAUGCAAAAUAAUUGCCCUUUAUUAUUCGACUUAGAAAUUCUGGUUAAGGUUUUGCAUGUAGCCACAUUUAAGUCAAUAUCUCAGCAAAUAUAUCAUGUAUUGCAUUGAAACAUUAGAUAUGUAUUCCCAGAUAACACUUUUUUUAAUUUAAUGCAAAUUAUGGGCCUUUAUUAUUUGACUUAGAAAUUCGGGUUAAGGUUUUACAUGUAAGCACACAUAGGUUAAUAUCUCAGCAAUUACUUGAUGGAUUGCAUUGAGACUUUAUUCAAUGGUACUCAACCAUCUACUUAAAUAACCAAGUAAGAUAACUCCAGUUUGCAUUAAAUUAAAAUAAUGGCCCCUUUUUUAUUCGACAUAGAAAUUCUGGUUAAGGUUUUGCAUGUAACCACUUUAAAGUCAAUACCUCAGCGAAUACAUCAUGUAUUGCAUUGAAACUUUACACACAGGCUCCCAUCUAUUUAACCUUCUUAUUUAAUCAAGUAAGAUAACUAUAUCUUUUAUAAUAUAUAAUUUUUGCCCCUUUAUUAUGCGACUUAGAAAUUCUGGUUAAGGUCUUGCAUGUUAGCACACAUAGGAUAAUAUCUCAGCAACUAUUUGAUGUAUUGCAUUGAGACUUUAUACAAUGGUAUUCAACCACCCAACUUACUUGAAUAACCAAGUUAGAUAACUGUAUUUUGCAAAUAAUGGCCCUUUAUUAUUAGACUUAGAAACUCUGUGCAAAUAUUUUGCAUGAAACUACAUUUAUGUUUAUAUCUCAGCACACCAUGUAUUGCAUUGAAAUCUAAUCUAACAGUGAUCCAUGCAUGUUUCGCCAAAACUUUUCAAUCCUUACAUUGAAAAGCGGUGGAAUAGUCAAGCGCGCUGUCUCUGUGACAGCUCUUGUUCUUAAAGCUUUAGUAACUCUUUUAGCCAUAAAACAUCAUGUUUAAAAAAAUGGGAUUUGAUCUUUUAUCAGCAGUCUUAUAUCACAGUUUUUCAGCCAUUUACACAAAAUUUGGCUCAUUCUAAGACAAAAAAUUGAAAAGUUGUCAAAAUGAUCAAUCUGUGAGAGAGCAGGUUUAAACUUAUGCUUAAAAUUUAUUUAAGGUAAUCAAUCCAUCAUUUAUGAAAAAAAAUACUGCUGGUUAAGUUUCAUUUUAAAGUUACAUUAUGUUAAGUUUGGUUAUAUUUAAAGUUGUCACAGAGAGGUUUUUUGAAUAAUACACAGUCAUUGAAAUCAAACUUUGGAUGAACAAGCUCAAAUUAAUAUACUUUUGCUUGGCAACAACUUUUUUUAAUGAGCCCUGCAAUAUAAAAUGCAGAAUUUGAGCAAGCCCAGAUGACAUUUUACCAGUGCAGGGCUUGCAGGCUUGUGUCAAUAUCAACCACUGUAUACAUUAUGUUAUUGAAAAAAAAGAGUUUUAUUACCACCGUUUAAUAUAUCAUAUCACAAUAGUAGCAUCAUUAUGGUGUUAUUUUGAAAAUGUAAUCCAUGCAUAAAAAUAUGAUGGUUAAUCAAUGUAAAUUAAAAAUAGAAUUAAUCUCCAUGGGCCAACUUCUCAAAACCACUUAAGUCUAUUACGACCCAAAUUAAGCUUAGCUCAUUAAAUUGUGCUAAACAAAAUAAGCUACUAAAGUCUGUUAAGUUUAAGAAGUUUCAAGAAAUAAUCUCCAUAUUAGCAUCUAAAAUGCUCUUUACAUCCUUAUGAAGGAUAGCUUACCUUAAACAGACAUCUUUAUGAUGGAUGGCUUACCCUAAACAGUUAUUUUAACCUAUUCGCCAUUAAGGGCAAAGCUGUCAUCAAAUGGGAAAAUACCAAGGAAUAAAAUAACCCUGAGGCAUUAAAUAAAUAUUCUAGAACUAUAAGAUUCAUGUAUUUCUGAGUGCUAACAAUAAAUUUGUUCCAUAAUUGCCAAGUACAAAAUUUAAUACGUUAAUGGUUUACAUGACAAUGGUAUAGUGUGUUUAAUAAUGUUAUUAUUGUUGUUACAAAAGCAUAAACUUAAUUAAAAUAUAGAUAUUUUUAAGUGCUGUAUAAUGUAUAAUCUGUUUGUAUAAAUGGUAAUGAUUGCUUUAUUGAAGUAGAUAUGGAUUCGAAAUAUUUUGAGUGUUGUAUUGUUUUUAUUGUAAAUCAGUAUAAUGUGCUUAUAUGAAGGUGUAAAUACUAUCAUAGAAUAUUCGUAUAAUUACAUGUUUGUUACAUCAGUGGUUAUUGUGUUGUUACAGAAUUAUAGAAAAGUAUAUAAAAGGAAGUUUUAACUUUGAUUUUUAUUACAUGUUGGAUAUUUUGUCAUAAUUAUUGUUCAAUUGAGUUGUGGUGCAAGUAGUGAUCAUCCUGUUCAACAUCAUGUAUAUUACAGAACUCGCAUUGUUUUACUUUGGUUUAAGCAGGCUUACUUUGUUGUUGAAUCAGAUCGCUGAUGAGUGUCUUAUGAUUAUUAUGAAAGAUCUAACUUUGUGUUAGAGCUACAUGUAGGUUACAGGUAUAUACAUGUACACACAUUAGGCUGAGGCUUUAUUUGGUCAAACUUCUUAAAUUUACUUGAUAAUAUCUCAAAAGUUUACAUACAUUUACUGGAUAAUACUUACACAUUUUCUGAAAUGAUUUGUUUUUCAUAUUUCCUGAACAGGAAAGAAAACAAAAACAAAACAGAUUGUGUAAGAUCUGGUGAGUUUACAUUGCACACCUUUAAUGUGGGAUCAUGUUGUUUGACUAAGAAAACACUUUUCGAAAGUUAUAAAUCAGAGGCUAUUUAAGGAAUUUAAGUAUUUUACAUGUUUAUAUUGUCAAUAAUUUAUGGUUAAACAUUCAGAUCAUGCCUUGGGGCUCUUUUCAGAUGAUACCGACUCUUGCACUGAAUUUUUUCCGGGUCAAAACUGACACAUACUAAAAUUUAUGAUGAAUCAAUUUCGGGUCAUAUAUAAUUUCUGUGUGUAAAAACCUAGGAGCUGGGGUCGGGAAAGCCCUCACUUACCGCUAUAUUCCUAUAUAUAUGUAAGCUGAACUAGGGUAAAUUGUUGUGUGCAUUGGUUUUACACAUCUGCUUUCCUUAAUUUUGUAUUUUUAUCAUAUUUUUAACAUGUGAGAAUUGGUGUAGUAUUGAAUUCUAUACUAAAUCCCAUUCAUUUAUUGCCAUUAGUGUAUUUCACUUGAUCAAUAGAAAAAUGGUGUAUGUUAAUUAGAAUGUUCAAGUUUAGCCUAGCCAGUUUACUCCAAAGCAAAAUGUACCAUUAACGAAGUGAAUGUUGCCCAUUUUGUUACAGUUCUGUGAAUAUAUUGCUCAUUAUGUAACGGAAUAAUGUAAUACUUAAUCUGUUUGUGAUUUAGGUAUCUGGUAAAAAAUGAGUACUGAAUAAAGAAAACAGGAAAAUGGCA